CGACAACAUAUAGCAUCUUCAUUUGUACAUAUUUUCCUUUGUCCUAAUUUCUGUGCUUGAACUCAGAAACAGAAACAGAAACGUGUAAAAGUGUUCGAGUAGAGAUCAGAUGAAGUUGAAAAUGUACCUAAACUUUUCAUUAUGUCACAACUGACAAAAGACUUGACAUACUUAGUACCACAAACUGUGCGGUACCGUUGCAGUGUUGUUGUUAUUGUAAUAAGCUAAGAUAUUAAAUAUUUUAAGUUUGCAACGUGUUGCGUUGUAAAAACCAAUGAACAAUAGUAUAAACACCACUUCGAAAAGUAUAUAUUCGUCUGAUGAGGAAACACCGUCUGAAACUAAGAAGAACGGAAAACCACAAACAAGCUUAUUAACAACGACUGCAACAGCUCAGGUAUCAAGUCAGAUAUAUCCGAAGGACAUACUCUACAGCACUGAAGAGGAAACGAAACAACAAAACAAUCGUAUUUUUACCAAUUUAUUGCGUUUCAAUCUUUUAAGUGGCAUAUGCGGUCGUAGAAAUUUUUAUGGUAAUAUUCCGAGUAGUAAUAGUGGUACGGAAGCAGCUGCAAAUGGAGAGGGCACAACUAAAACUGAUGUAGCAAAAACUCAAACAACAAAAGAGUUUAUAAUACCAGCUGCAACGGUUUUUUCGUUAGCAAAAUCAAGUGCAGUAAAUCAGCAAUUAUCAGCUAGUAAAAAGGAUACGACUAUAACGACAGUUAACACAACCUGUGCUACAAGUUUUAUAACUAAAUCCGUAAGUCCAGCAUCGAGUUCUUUAUUAACGAACCGACGUCCAAAUUAUGCUUAUUUUCAACAACAAGAACUUUAUUAUCCACAUAAAUCUCAAAAAACUGGUCGAAUUUCAGGCACACCACCACCAGCGGAACUGUAUCAGGAAUUGAACUUAGAUGAUUUGGAACCAAGCACCAAUCAACAAGCGCAGAAACACCGUGGUUUACUAGUAACUCGUUCGUUAUUUGAUGUGUCAGCAACAGCGAAGCGUAUAGCUAAUAAUAAGGAUUUCAAUAAAGUUGAUAGUUUAGAGCAAAAAACUGCGGAUGAACAAAAACCGGCUUUGUAUAAUCAGUUUAAGAGACGUCUGAGAACACAGUGUUGGCCACAUAAUAGUAGUCUAAACACUGCUACAGAUUUGCGCAGCCAAUAUCAGCAUUCAUUUCCAUUUUAUAGUUAUGCUGGCACAUCCAAUGAUGGUGUGCCUAUAGAAUUUCCCCAGUUGAAUGAUAAGUCCAAUAUUUAUUAUCAUAAGCCUAAAAAAGUAGCCACACGUUCGCUGGAAGAAGACGUUACAAGAGAGGAACCAAUACCUGAUUUAUCGCAUUUCUCAACCUAUAAGGAUUAUAUAGAAACUUCGAAUAAUUACUGGUUGCAGCAACAGAAAGCAGCUACUACAGACGCGAGUGGAUUUGAUACAACAACAGCAAAUAGCUAUCGUGAACUACAGCAACAAAGUUCUUUGCCAAGUUAUUUGACCUCAGCACCGAUACUACUAGCUGCACUUACAACUCCACAAAAGCAAGGCGCAGCAGUAUUAUUAAACAAAAACUAUCCUUAUCAACACCAAAAUCCGCAACAGAAUAUAAAAACACAACUUUAUCGCACCAAGAGUAGUAGUACAAGACCACCUUUGACAGCACAAAGUUCAUUUACUGCCUCACAGAGUGUCGGCACAAAUUUAUCAUUCUUAGCACGGCAACACUCAUUCGACGAUGAUGAAGAGGAUCUUGAGCUUCUUUGUUUAAGUGAUGUCAAAUCUGAAACAGAUAUAGCAACCAAAAGUUCUGUAUCACGACAGUUGCUGUUACAUACGGGUGCACGUUUAGAACGUCAACAAGAACUACAUAGCGGUAGCUGCGAAUCAACUCUGUCCACAGCGUCUACUGCAAAUAGUGAGCGAUUUACCACAGCUGUAGAUGGUAGCGAGGAUAGUUCAAUUGUAGCACCAUUUAAUGUUUCCUAUAAUACGCUGUUCGAGAGUUCUAUCCAAGAACAAUCACAAUAUAAUUACUUAGCGCCAGAACAAGAACGUCAUGAAUAUAUACCAUUUAGUUAUAUAAAAACCACAUAUAGUGCUCCCAUUCCAACGGCAACCGUGAAAAUAACAAAACCUGCAACAUUGACAUCCUCAGAAAGUAAUACAACAGCACUUUGUAGUGAUCAGCAUGUAAAGGUAAUGAUGCCUAUGUUGAAGAAAAAUCAAACACAACCACAGCAACAGCAAUCGAGCACGUCCAUUACAUCUUCAUCAAGUUCAAAUAGUUUAGAAACUCAUACCAUACCCACACUUAUGCUUGGGCAGCGCACUAAUUCCGUUGAAUGCUUACGUUAUGAUACUGAAUUAGUAGAUGAUAGUGCAGCUGAAACAAAAUUAACAAAAUACUUAUCAGAUAGUUUAUACUUAGGUGAUAAUCCAAAUUCAACUCAAAUCAAAAAUAUAUCGAAUAAAUCGGUAAUAGAAGCAUUAUCAACAAAACCCACUACAACAAAUCUGUUAACCGAGCCAAUUAGUUACCAAACAAACGUAUUAACUGAAAGUAUAACAAAAACAACAGCAACAACAACAACGAGCAACGGCUCAGCUUGUAACAAUAAUAAUUUCUCAUUACAAUCGAAUGUAAAUAUUCUAAAUAAUAAUCAUAAGAAUCAUAGCGGUACCACUAGAAAGAAUAUUUCCAUACAAACAAUACAAAACGAUACAAAAUUAAUUUAUAAUAAUAACUCAAAUUCAGCAAUGGUUGGCACACAGACUCAACAACAAAUUCAUCACUCAAAUAACCAUCAUCACGUACAUCAAUUGCAACGCUCUUCACUGAGCAGUGAUAUAGCUUGUGUGUCUACAACAAUUCAUUCACCGACAAUAUCAUCAUCAAGUGCCAGUACUGGCGCAGGCAGGGAACAAGUACUUAAUGAUGCACAAAUAGCACACAAUAGACAUGUUGUAGCCACAUUAGCUAAUGAAUCUAAUAUAACGUACAACGACUCAAAAAGAAAUUCUCAAUGCACUGAUCUACUCUCGCUCCAUGCUAGUAAAGCUGGUAAUGCAACCAUAAAACACGAACAAGCAUUAUCACUGCCGAAUAUGUCUGUGAGUAGCAUAAAAGCAUCUGCUAUUACAACUUUAGGUACAAAUGGUUCAUCAUCUUCAUCGAAUAAUAAAGCAAGCAUUUCAUCAGUAUCGGGAAUGUUAGUACCAUGCACUUCAGGAACACCAACAACGACUGCAGUAAAUAUUUUAAGUACUCGAAAAUCAUCGAAUGCAACAGCAUCUCCAUUGAAACAAACAUCUGAAAUAUCACAUUCAAAUAUUGGUGCUUUAGUGCCAAUGCCAAAUACACUCUCCACAGAAACGUAUCCAUUUCAUGAACAAAUCAUUAUGUCAGGCCAACAGAAGUGUGCAUUGCAAGAGAAACCAAAAGCAUUAGUUGUUUCACCACAACAGGUUAUGAUACUCUAUAUGCAUAAAUUAACACCAUAUGAACGUACAGAAAUACUUGGAUAUCCACAAAUUUAUUUCAUUGGAGCUAAUGCAAAAAAACGUCCUGGUAUUUUUGGUCCAAAUAAUUCAGAUUAUGAUAAUGAGCAGGGCGCUUACAUACAUAUACCACAUGAUCAUGUUGCUUAUCGUUAUGAAAUGUUGAAAAUAAUUGGUAAAGGCAGUUUUGGACAAGUUGUCAAAGCUUAUGAUCACAAAACUCACGAACAUGUUGCCUUAAAAAUGGUGCGUAACGAGAAACGUUUCCAUCGUCAAGCACAAGAAGAAAUUCGAAUAUUACAUCACCUGCGACGUCAAGACAAAUACAAUACUAUGAACAUUAUUCACAUGUACGAUUAUUUUACAUUUCGAAAUCAUAUGUGCAUAACAUUCGAAUUGCUUAACAUUAAUUUAUAUGAAUUAAUCAAGAAAAACGGUUUUAAAGGAUUUAGCUUACAGUUAGUACGAAAAUUUGCUCAUUCAUUGUUGCAAUGCUUGGAUGCCCUUUAUAAAAAUGAGAUAAUACAUUGUGAUAUGAAGCCUGAAAAUGUUCUGCUAAAACAACAAGGACGCUCAGGCAUCAAGGUCAUAGACUUUGGUUCAUCUUGUUAUGAAAGUCAACGUGUUUACACAUAUAUACAAUCUAGAUUUUAUCGUGCGCCAGAAGUUAUUUUGGGUGCAAAAUAUGGUAGAGCAAUUGAUAUGUGGUCAUUGGGUUGUAUAUUAGCUGAACUAUUGACUGGUCAUGCAUUAUUUCCUGGUGAAAAUGAAGGAGAUCAAUUGGCUUGUAUUAUUGAAGUAUUGGACAUGCCAAGUAAAACACUGUUAGCAAAUGCUAAGCGUGCAAAAGCGUUCUUUAAUCCCAAAGGUUAUCCGCGUUAUUGUACGGUACGCACAAUGGCAGAUGGUGUUGUUGUGUUGAUUGGAGGCCAAUCACGUCGUGGCAAACCACGUGGACCGCCUUGUUCCAAAAGUCUUUCUAAAGCUUUAGAUGGCUGUAAGGAUCCAUUAUUCUUGAAUUUCAUACGUGGCUGUUUAGAAUGGGAUCCAGAUAAAAGAUUAACUCCAGCUGAGGCACUUAAACAUCCAUGGUUGCGCAGGCGUUUGCCACGGCCACCAAGUAAUGCAAAUGGUAGCGGUAGCAGUGGUAAUAAUGGUAUGGGUGGUAGCACAAGUGACGCCCAAACUCCUGUUUCUGGUAGUAAUAAUGCAGUAGCAAGUAGUGCAGUUACUUCAUCAGCUGCUUCGUCUGUUGCUGAUAUUGGUAGCAAUGGUGCGGGCGGCGAUUGUCAUACAGUGACUUCGACAGCAGGAAAUAAAGGCACAACAUCUUCAGCAAGUUCGGCUUCCAUUUCGUCGACAACUUUGAGUGGUCAAAAGUUAGUCGAUCCAUUAUGGGAAACAUUACCAACAAGUAAUGGCAAUAAAACUAAUCGUAUAUCUACGAAUCUUAAUAUUAAAACCAUUACAGCUACUACAGAUUUAUCUGCACCCUCAGAAAAUGUAGCUGCUUCUGCUCCAGCACAAAGUUCAAAUUCUUUAAUUGUAUCAGCAAUGUCAUCCUUUUUAACAAAGAAUUCGAACAGAUGUGGUAGUAAUUGUCAAAUUUCUUCCAAUGAUGGGAAUAAUUUCAAUUCGCUUAAAUAUAUGCCAAACUUGAGUGCAUCUUCUUUAACAAAUGCAACGAAUCCGAACAAUAUAAACAAUGUUGCUACUACUGAUAAUAAUUUAACAGCCGAUCUCAUAAAAUCUACCAAAAAUAUGCUUAAAUGUGCAAAUGAAAAAUUUGAACAAAAUAAAAUUGCAAACAGUGGUGCUGUUAGUAGUGCAAGCGAUACUGCAGUGCAUACCAACAAUACUAAGGAGAUUUAUAUGAGUCAAAAUCAACGAAAUACGCUUCAAACGUCAACGUUGGAUAAAACUUUAAACAAAUCACUCAAAUUAACAAGCAAGCAAAUGUAGCAAAAACCAUCUAUUAUUGUUAAUCGUAUGUUUUUAGAAUUAGAUACCAUCGAAACACGGCAGUACUCUAGUACAUAAAAAUGUAUUAUGUUAACACUGCCAUUCUAGAAUUAGGAACAUUAAACACUCAAUAUAUUUUAAUUUAUAUAUAUAUGUAAAUAUAUAUAUAU